AUGGUAAAGAAGCAUCCGGGAGCGGAAAAUAUUCGCGUGGUGGUUCGUUGCCGUAAUUUACUGCCGUAUGAAGCAGAGCGUGGAGAUAAGGCACUUGUGCGUCUUGAUCUCGCAACAAAUCAAGUUGUUGUACAGCACCCUAUUGGUGAUGCCGACACUUUUGCGUUUGAUGCUGUUUACAACAACACAUACACACAGCGCGAUAUAUUUCUGCAGGAGGUGCAACCUCUCGUGGAGGCCGUAUUGCAGGGAUACAAUGCGACAGUUUUUGCCUAUGGGCAGUCUGGCUCAGGUAAGACGUAUACAAUGACGGGAAAGCUAACGGACUCCCAGUUGUGGGGUAUGAUGCCCCAAACGGUAAAUUUUCUCUUCAACGAAAUUAAAAAAUUGUCAUCAGCCACAAAAACUUUCAAGGUAAAGGUUUCUUAUGUAGAACUAUACAAUGGUAAAUCACGAGACCUCUUAGCUUCAAAACAGACAAAUCUUGAAAUCAAACAAAAUAUGUCAAAAAAUUUUUAUGUUAAGGGUGCAGAAAUGCCUGAGGUAACAGGUUUUGAUGAGGCUAUUCGAUGGUUCAAUGCGGGUACUGACCGUCGUCAAACAGCAUCUACAGAUUUAAAUGAUACCAGUAGUCGUUCUCACUCACUUUUUACUCUUCAAGUUGAACAAUUUGAUUUUGAACAAGAUCCAAGUUCUCCUAUUGUUCUUACAAGUAAAAUUAAUGUAGUAGAUCUUGCAGGAUCAGAAAAAUUAAGUAAAACUAACGCUACUGGAGAGACUGCGAAAGAAGGAUGUAAUAUUAACUUAUCACUUUCAGCUCUUGCUACGGUUAUUGAUACCAUUGUUAAAGGAGGAAAGCAUAUUCCAUAUCGAGGUUCACCCUUGACUAUGCUUCUCAAAGAUUCUCUUGGUGGUAAUGCAAAAACAGUUAUGUUUGCCAAUGUUGGACCAUCUGAGAAAAAUAUCUCAGAAACCAUAUCCACUCUACGUUUUGCUUUAAGGGCGAAGCAAAUUGAAAACAAACCUAUUAAGAAUAUGGAUCCAAAGGAUGCCCGUAUUCAGGAUCUUCUGGAUCAAAUUGAAGAACUUAAAGGACGACUGGGAAAUGUUGACUUUGAGAGUGAAGAUCAACUACGACAACGUAUUGAAGAACUUGAAAUUGAGAAUGCAGAUUUACGAGGUGGAAGUGAGAAAAACAAUAUUGAACUUGAAGAAAAUUGUCGUACUCUUCAAGCUCAAGUUGAAAAAGCAUAUGAAGCUCUUGAGGAGAAGAAGAAAGAAUUGGCUAAAGAAGUGGAUAAAUGCUCAUUACUUGAGUGGAAUGCUCAAAGUGAAGCUGGUCAUAUGAAAGAAAUGAUAUCACUUGCUGUGAAUUUUAUUAAACGAGUUUUUCCAGAGGAUCAAUUGCGUGAGGUUCGUUCAAAAAUGCCACAAGAUGGUUCGUAUAACACAACUGAUGAUGGUUGGGAUGUAAAAGAAAUUGGGUUUUACUUAAAUGAAUUUGUUGCGAUGUAUGAAGCAUGGAGACGUUCAACAUAUACCCGAGAAGAUUUAGAAAAAUAUGCACAACAAGCCACUAGUGGUUUAGUUGAACAAGCACAACGACAACUUGAUGAAGUUACUAGGGCUAGAGAUGAGUUAAUUCGUCAACGCCAUGAAGACUCUGUAAAGCGUGUAGCAGAAAAUGAAUCAAUUUCUCAACUAAAGGUAGAUCUUAACUCUCUUAAGGAUGAAAAUAUCAAAUUACGUGAAAAGAUUGAAAGAGAUCAAGAACGUAUCAAGGCAAAAAUUGCACAAAGUAAAGAAGAGUACAAAACUUUAGCGGAACAACUAGAACGUACCAAGUCGUUAGUAACAGAAAAAGAAAGAGAUAUUGAACGAAUGAAGCGUGUUAUGGAAGAAAGUGGUAAUAAUGCCCUUCCUAAUACAUCAUUUAAUACUAGUGUUCAUUGGAAUGGUAAUGACGAACGUUCAGCUAUUCUUCGUCAAUUGAAUGAAGAAAAAAAUGCACGAGAAGCGUUGGAAUCACGUAUUAGAGAAGUUAAUGUUUCACUUCGUCGUUAUGGUGUUUGUAUUGCUGAUACAAAGAAUGUAUCUAAUGAUUCCAAUACGACUGCAAGUAUUACAGAUUCUUUUAUUCUUGCAGCGGUAGAUGAGGAACCUAUUGAUGGUGAUAUCUAUGCUCAGUUGCAGCAGCAAAUUCGAAUUAAACAACGUCUUACUGAACUUCGGCAUCAGCAUCAACAAAAGUUAGAUGAUAUGGUAAGGAAAUAUGAAUUUCUCAAAACUGGAAAAGUUACUCCCAACAGUGGUGAUUCUGCUGCUAAUGCAAAUUAUUCAGCUUUAUCAGAUGAAGCAACUGCACAACAAAUCAAGGAGCUAUUACAACGUAAAGAUGAUGAAAUUGAACGUAUUACACAGGAAAAAGAGAAGACUUGUGAUAAAAUUGUAAAGAAACUCAAUAAGUGCGAAAUGAAGAUAAGAGAGUUAGAAACUACUCUUGAAGAAGAACGCGUUCAAUUUGCAGAAGAAAGACAAGAACUUGAUAACGAAAAUCGUGAGUUACAAAAAUAUAACCAACAUCUUUCAGUAGAGUUGGAGACGUUGCGUGGGCAACUCAGCGAUAUUAAAGAGGAGAUGGACUCUAUGGAACGUGCCAAAAAUACAGAAAUUGAACGUUUAAAAGAAGAAUCAGAGAAUUUUGCCGCAUGUCUUGAUGAAACACGUUCUAAAAUAGCUGGAUACGAUGAACUACAAAAGAGUUAUGAUCGUUUACAGCAACAGCUUCAACGUACCGAAGCUUCACUCAGGGAAAAAAUAGACAAUCUAGAGAAUAAUAGACAGAUGGUUAAGUGGUCUAAUUCUCUUCUCGCAUCAGAGAAACAAAAAGUAGAGCAGAUGGAAGUUGUAAUGAAACAACAAGAAAUUGAGAUGCGACACCAUGAAGAGCAAUUAAGAAGUGAAAUGAUAAAUGAUAUCAAUAAACAAGUGGCUGCGAAUAAUCGUCGUUUACAAGAGCAAGCCGCACAGUACCAAGAGCUUAUUUCCCAAGAGCAGGAGAAACAAAAGAGUAUCAUGAAGAAGGUAAAAUCAGCAAGAAGAGAUGCACAAAAAGCGGCUCAGAGAUACGAUGAGAUGAUCCUGGAGAAUGAGGCACUCUUGUCAAAACUGGAAGAGCUGAAGGUAACAUCUAUGCGGAUUUUCUUGGAAAAACAAGAAGCCCAAAGGGAAUUGGAAGCAUUGCGUCCAACAAGAAACGUGGGUGCUAAACGUUUCUAA